AUGGGAGUAGUGGGAGUAAUGGGAAAAGAGUGGGCAGUUACUUAUCUUGAAACAAGGAGAGCCAUGCAUUGUGGGAGAGUGGGGAGUUAUGGUUUUUCAGAGCAACCCAACACGCAAUAUAGCAUCAAGGAGGUAUAUAAUCAGUUACAACCUACUGGAAUCAUCGUCCCCUGGAGCAGACCGGUUUGGUGCAGAUUCUCUGUGCCUAAGCAUCGGUUCAUCAUUUGGCUAACUAUGAAAAGAAGAUUGUUCACAAGAGACAGGCUUCUUAAUUUCAAUUUGGUGGAUGAUGCUAUUUGUGUCCUUUGCAAAACUGAUAUUGAAACUCAUGAUCACUUGUUCUUUAACUGCAUUUGUAGUGCCGUGAUUUUGAAACAGGUUAUGAACUGGCUCGGAUAUAAUUUCCAGACAUGCUCAUUGCAACAACUCCUACAAAAAGGAUGGAACAUAAAAGGAGACAGAUUGAAGAAGCGCACGGUAUUGGUGGCUAUUGCAGCCACGGUGUAUGCAGUUUGGAAACUUAGGAAUGACAUAAUCUGGAGGCACAAAGAUGCAGCAGCCACAACACAGAUGGUUGACCAUAUUAAGUGGACCGUGAAGAAUAGAAUGCUCUAA